GCAGAGAUGCCCCGCACGGUGCUGCUGCUCUGCCUGGCCCUCGGGCCGGUCCUGCGCGCCAGGUGUGAGAGCACAGAGGAAUAUGAUUACGAUUACCUCAGCAUCAAUAAAACCUGGGUCCUCACCCCCAAGGCACAGGAGACUGAUGCCACACAGAUCCUCAACUCGCUGCUCAAGAACUAUGACAACAAGCUGAGGCCUGACAUUGGCAUCAAGCCCACGUUCAUUGAUGUGGAUAUCUACGUGAACAGCAUCGGGCCCGUGUCUGUCAUCCAGAUGGAAUACACCAUUGACAUCUUCUUUGCCCAGACGUGGUACGACCGGCGCCUGCGGUUCAACAGCACCUUGAAGGCGCUGACACUGAACACCAACAUGGUGAGCCGCAUCUGGAUCCCUGACACCUUCUUUAGGAACUCCAAACGGGCUGAUUCCCACUGGAUAACCACUCCCAAUCAGCUCCUCCGCAUCUGGAAUGAUGGAAAAGUGCUCUACACUCUCAGGCUGACAAUCGAGGCUGAAUGUCUGCUCCAGCUGCAGAAUUUCCCAAUGGACACUCACUCCUGCCCUUUGGUUUUUUCCAGUUAUGGAUACCCCCGCGAGGAGAUCGUCUAUCGCUGGAGACGCUACUCCAUCGAGGUCUCUGACCAGCGCACCUGGAGGCUCUACCAGUUCGACUUCACAGGGCUGAGGAACACCUCAGAGGUCCUCAGGACUGGGGCAGGGGAGUACAUGGUGAUGACAGUUUCUUUUGACCUAAGCAGACGUAUGGGUUACUUUGCCAUUCAGACCUACAUUCCCUGCAUCCUGACUGUUGUUCUUUCCUGGGUUUCCUUCUGGAUCAAGAGAGACUCUACGCCAGCCAGGACAUCUCUGGGUAUCACGACUGUGCUCACCAUGACCACCCUGAGCACCAUCUCCCGCAAGCACCUCCCUCGUGUUUCCUACAUCACAGCCAUGGACCUCUUUGUCUCUGUGUGCUUCAUCUUCGUCUUUGCUGCUCUCAUGGAGUAUGCCACGCUCAACUACCUGGUGGGAAACAAGAAACCACUGGAGCACAGCCACAGGAAAGCCAGGCUGCCACCUGCCGGUGCACAGGUGAUGCCAACCUUCACCGCCAUCAACAUCAACCACAUCAUGCACUGGCCCCCGGAGAUGGAGGAGGAUGAGGAUGACGACCCAGGCUCCCCGUGCCUGGAGGGGAAGGAGUGUGAGAGGUUCUUCUGCUGCAUCGAGGACUGUCAGACGGGGAUGUGGCGGGAGGGGCGGGUCCGCAUCCACAUAUCCCGCCUGGACUCCUACUCCCGCGUCUUCUUCCCCACCGCCUUCCUGCUCUUCAACAUCGUCUACUGGAUUGCCUAUCUCUAUCUCUAGCCCUUCUUCGGCCUCAGCUGGAAUGGACUGGGCACCAGCAAGAGGGGCUUCUCGAGGAGCGUAGAGCACAGCGUCUCCCCUGUUGUAGUCAGCUGUCAGUCUGAACGACCCGACCUGGUGAUUCCCUCUUCCUGCUCUCUCAUCUCUUCUGAGAAGAACCAAACAGCUUUUUUUUAGCCUUCUAACAUAUCUUUUUAGAGAAUCUACCCUUCCCCGGACAACCCUCUCUCCAACACCACCAGCACUGUACUCCUUGUAAGAUUACCCAAAAACAUCCUAUUCCCGUCUCAAGCAUUAGGGAUUUUGUCAAAAAACAAAAGCCUUAAUGCAUUUCAUUUUUCCAUCCAACCCUACUAUGAGAUUUCAAGAUAAGUGAUGGCAAAUGGAGUUUUCUGCACAGUUAAUAAGACUGCAAAGGAAGUAAAAUACAUCUUGCUACUUCUGCAUCACUUCCACCAGGACAGACUUUGUGGGGUGCUAGAAGCUCGGAAAGGUCAGAAGGAAAUAGCGUGGAAAAGGACAGCAGUGAAGCUUUCCCACAGUAGCUGGGCUUGGCUGAAACGUUUUGGGCCUGCCCAGACAUCUGAUGGUGGCACUGAGGAGGAUGGAGCUGCUGCAAGCCUCCCCCAGCUCCCCACAGAGUAUCUAUGAAGCAUUCCUCCCGGAUCACUCCAGGACAGCCACCCACUGAGGCACUGCUGAUUCCCAUCAGACGGUGAUGAAAAGCACUUCACAAGCCGGAAAGUUGCUCCACCUGCCUUGGAGCAGACUCUUCAUCGCCCAGGGUGACAUUUCUGCUGUGUGACCAGGACUCAGAGCAGGCUCUGCAGUUGGGCAUAGCCAAAAGAGGGAGGAAAUGUUUGUGAGAAAGGCCAGAAGAAGAUUCCUGAGCCUGUAGUGAGGUAGUUUUCUUCAGUUUGUGUCACAUGGGCUGUGAAUCACAGAGGGGCAGUGCUGUCCCAUGUGGUGACACUCAUUGAUGCCAUCAGAUCUGUGCUGGGUGGUUGGUGCCAACGUGAGGAAGGGGUAUAGGAAAGGGAACACACAGCCACCAGUGCAUUCCUGCAGCUCAGAUGUGUU